CAACAAAAUUCCUAAGGCUAUUAAAGUACAGCUAAAAGUUGAAGAGACAACAUAAACAAUUUAGAAAGUACCCAAAAUCAAAACAAAGCAACACAUUUUGAAACCCUAAAAUGAAUAGCAAACAAUUAACCAUCAUCCUCCAAUCCAAUGAAAACAAUGAACCCCCUACAUAACUUACUGAAAUUGUUAUGAAUCAUGAAAUACCUCAAUCCCAGAACCAAGCAGAGCAUUCAACCUCAUAGUGGGUCUAGCCAGCAUCGAUCCUCUACAAAAGCUUCUUGGGCUUCUAGAGGAACAUCCUCCACCCAGAACCAGUCAGUCGACUCUUUCCGACCCAAAGCUGCUAUUGAAUGCGCAGUAGUAUUACAUCCUCGAGACGGGAAGCGACAGAGCUCAAAAAUUUUCGAUAGAGCUUUCACAUCUCAGGAUGAUUCACUGAAAACCCAUUUCUUGGGCAAUCUGUAAUCCAUGCAGGACCGCCAUCACUUCAGCCAUACACACCGUACAAGCCUAUGUAUGGAUACGAUACCUUGAACCUAAUAUUUGCCCCAUGUCAUCCUGAACAAUAAACCCUGAACUAGCUUGAUUUCUUGGUCCAGAUUACCUCGUAUCCAUAUUAAACUUAACCCACCAGUGGAGGGGACCAAUGGGCUACCACAACUAGAAGAGGGUGUCUCAAAAUAGAACUCAGACCCUGGUAUUCUCUUUCAUAUUCUUUUUGUUUUUAUUCUUAAGAAUUUAGUUUAUUUACAUUUCUAAGUUUCAAAAUAAAGGUUCAGCUCUUGACAUUGUUAAGAUUUUAUGUUCAAUUCUUCGAUGUGACAUUUUUGAUAAAAAAAAUUUACUUGAUAGUCAUGUAAUAAAAAAUGAUGUUGUAACAGUUAAAUUUUUAGUAGUACGGAAACAA